ACUGUUUCAUCUUUUCCUUCAGAUUAAACUAAAUAUACAUAUAUAUAUAUAUAUCUUUUAUUUUAUUUUCAUUUUUUUGUACUCUUAACCCUCAUGAAUUAUUGGUCUCCAGAAUAGUUUUUAAGUUACAAUUCAACUGUACGGAUGUCUCUUGUGAUGUUAAAGAAUUAAGAAACAAAGAAAGAGAGAGAGAGAGAAGAAGAAAAAAUGAAUUUUGAGGAUCAAGAAGAAGAAAGGGAGAUGUCGGGUGUAAACCCUCCCGGCGGUUACGAAUCUCUGAGCGGUGAAGGAGCCACCUCGAGCGGUGGUGGUGGUGGUGGUGGCGGAAGGAGAAAAACCGUUGGAGGAGGAAAGAUAAGGUAUAGAGAGUGCUUGAAGAAUCACGCCGUUAACAUCGGUGGCCACGCCGUGGACGGUUGCUGCGAGUUCAUGCCUUCAGGUGAAGAUGGUUCACUCGACGCUCUCAAGUGUGCAGCUUGUGGCUGCCACCGCAACUUCCACCGCAAGGAAACCGAGAUCAUCGGCGGCAGAGCUCACAGAGUUCCAACUUACUACAACCGUCCGCCUCAGCUUCCACCGCCGCCAGGAUACCUUCAUCUAACAUCUCCGGCAACGGCAGGGCAGCCUUACAGGCCACCGGCUGCAUCGGCGGAUCAGGAGGAUACGUCUAAUCCGAGCAGCAGCGGCGGAACAACGGCUAAGAGGUUUAGAACGAAAUUCACGGCGGAGCAGAAAGAGAAGAUGCUGAUCUUUGCGGAGAGGUUGGGGUGGCGGAUUCAGAAACACGAUGACGUGGCGGUUGAGCAGUUCUGUGCGGAGACUGGUGUUAGGAGACAAGUGCUUAAAAUCUGGAUGCAUAACAACAAGAACUCUCUUGGUAAGAAACCCUAAUUUUCCCCCCGACAUAUGAUUUAAGCAGAAGAGAUGAUCAUUGCUUUUGUUUUUUUUUUGUAUGACUCUUUUGUAACUAGUUGUACUUCUGGACAUUAUUUCUUAUUUUAGUUAAUAAGUUAAUUUAGUACUUUGGGGAGACAGUACUGUGAUUAAUAAGCUAUCUUUAACUUUGGUUAAAUGGUUCAGAUUUGAUAAGUUUACUUAUAUGUAUGCAAUUGAAUGGAUCGGACCAAAUGAUCCAAAUUUGAAGUAUGUUGUUUCUAGGCUAAAGUUGCUAGAGUUGUCGACCAAGAAUUUUCACACUGUCUUAGGCUCAAAAUGUCUUUGUAACACAGA